UGACUGUGACAACAUAGUGUUGCCAAAGGUUGCUGAGUUGAUUCGAGGCCACGAACAGGAGUUUUGUCCUCGGUGUGAGUGCAAGUAUGAGAGCCGGAACAGCACCACCAUCAAGGUUGUGGUGAUACUGGUGAUCUGGGUCAUCUCCUUGCUGGUGGUGUACAUGAGCUUCCUGCUGUGCCUGGAUCCACUACUGAACAAGCGCAGGUCACAGCCAUCCUACCAAGAACACACCAACGAAUAUGACGAGACUUCCUCUGUGGGGGGUGCCCCGGGAAUGUCUCAACGUAUGCAUGUGCGAGCUAAUGUGCUGGGUCGAGUGGGUCACCAGCAGGACAAGUGGAAGCGUCAGGUGCAGGAGCAGCGCUACAACAUAUAUGAUAAACACACGAUGCUGAACUGAGUGCAGUGGGUUAUCAUGUUCCAGUUUGGUGUGAAUGAGUAGCCCUGUCCUGCAUGCUGGGUUUUUCUUCUGUCUGUGGUGUACAUUUUUUGUGUGGUCAUGUCAUGCAACAGAUAUAAUUUGUUGACAUGGGUCUACAAGGUUUAUUACUAUUGCUUUGUACUACUUAAGAUAAAUAUUUGAAUAUGGCAUACAUUGGCAUAGGUAAGGGGAACCUUGGAAAGAUAGGCUCCCCCAUGGGUCUUGAUAUCUGAAAUACUAAAGAAAAAAAAUGCAGUAGUCAAUUUAUUAAAAAUAGGCAUUGAGUUCACCCUCCCCAAUGAUAAUUUGACCUCUCCAUGGGCUCCCUCACAUGCAGACCUUUCUAUGUUAUUAAUGGGGAAAUGUUCAUAACACUGACUUUAAGUAAAACAACUUUAUAAUUAAUAUUCACAUGAAAUUUAAUUACCACCACAUGGAAGCUGUGGAGAGGGGGCAUAUAACUAGAAAAUAAAAACACUGGCAAAAAUGAUUAGAUUGACUACUCAGGAUAAUCUAGUCAGUAACAAUGGCACGAGAACACUUUUGUCCUUUCGAUCACAAAUUGAUAUUUGUCAAAAUUAAAUAGAGCUCAUGCAAGAGUGACGGAACAUAUAAUACUGACUAAAUUUAAUGGAGUAAAUCUUUGCGAAAUAAGGCCAACAUUUAGAUAUGCAAUUAAUAUAUGAUGCUAACAUAAUAGUGUUGGAGAGAGAGUAUAUAUAUCCAAAUGUAUAUGACAAAUAUCUAAGUGUGAGAUUUCACUGGAUGCACAUUUGUGUAAAAAAAUUACAGGCCUGCAGAAAAUACUUUUACACCUAAGUGCAUCAAAGUCUACUGUGUUAUAAGGAGGCAUAAUUUUUCCAAUUUAAAUGACCUGGCAAUUCUGUAGCCUGUUACAGCAGGCUGACUUAUCUCUUUAUGUCUACUGUCCUGGCAGGCUGAUUUGUAUGGCACUCACUUUGGUCGAUUAAAUUUUUGCCAAUUUGUCAUGAUGGACUUCCUCUAAAACCAUUCCACAUUUCUAAAUGGGAAGAUAUUUUUGAGUAAUUGUAGCACAUCGAAAAAUUUGCAGAAGUAUUGAAAUGUUGAAAUAAGGGAAUGGGAAGCAUUCUUUGUAUUGAUUAUUUCCUGUAAAAAAAAAUCAUAAUACAUAUAGUUUUAGAAUCACCUUAUAGAUAUCGCUUUUGUGAGCCCAACAAUAUAUAUUAUGUAUCUACUUAGAAGAGUUUAUGGAAAGAGAACUGUGUAAAAAAUUUCUUUAUAUGGUGGGCACAAGGCUUCCAAGCCUGCCAAAGUGCAAUGUCUUGGAAUCAAAUCUUGAUAACUUGCAGCAAGUCUGAAAUAGUGAAUUUGAACUUUCCAUGUGUGUGUGUGACACACCUGCUGGUAGUUUGGAUUCUAAUUUUGAGGACAUUUCAGCCACUCCUCUGUUUCGUCAUGCUGUUGCCAUGAACAGCUUGUGGGUAGUAUAGAUAAAAUUGUUUGAUGCUGUCACUCCAUGUAGUCUAAUUAAAGAUCAAGAGAGUUAAUAAUCUGGCAUACAACAUUUCUUAUGUGUAAUUCUCUUAUGUAAUGAUUAUAGUGUACAAAUAUUUAUUUAUUGUAUGUUAUUAAAAAAUUGAUAUAAUGAAAAAUAUAUUUUCACUUCUCCACUUUCAUAAUAUUGAUUUUAGGAUGUUUACCAUGCUUUUGUGGAGAUUAAGUAAUUUUAGUUUAUCCUAAAGUUAUGAAAAAUUAUUUUCUUCUGACAGCAAACCUUUGUCCAAAAAAAUAAAAUAAAUGAAUAAAUAAAUAUAUAAAAUAGA